ACUUCGGCUCGGGGCUGUAGACGCUUGGCCUGCUGACGGUGCCGUGAGCCGGGGCCUCCUGCAACGUGCUAGACUGACACCAUGGCGGACAGCCGGGAUCCCGCGAGCGACCAGAUGAAACACUGGAAGGAGCAGCGGGCCUCGCAGAAACCUGAUGUCCUCACCACUGGGGCUGGAAAUCCAAUAGGGGACAAACUUAAUACUAUGACAGUAGGGCCCCGAGGGCCCCUUCUGGUUCAGGAUGUGGUUUUUACCGAUGAAAUGGCUCACUUUGACCGGGAGAGAAUUCCUGAGAGAGUCGUCCAUGCUAAAGGAGCAGGGGCUUUUGGCUACUUUGAGGUCACGCAUGACAUUACCAAAUACUCCAAGGCAAAGGUGUUCGAGCAUAUUGGAAAGAAGACUCCCAUUGCAAUUCGAUUCUCCACUGUUGCUGGAGAGUCGGGCUCAGCUGACACAGUUCGUGACCCUCGUGGGUUUGCAGUGAAGUUUUACACAGAGGACGGUAACUGGGAUCUUGUUGGGAACAACACCCCCAUUUUCUUCAUCAGGGAUGCCAUAUUGUUUCCGUCCUUCAUCCACAGCCAAAAGAGAAACCCUCAAACGCACCUGAAGGACCCAGACAUGGUCUGGGACUUCUGGAGCCUGCGUCCUGAGUCUCUGCAUCAGGUUUCCUUCUUGUUCAGUGAUCGGGGGAUUCCAGAUGGACACAGGCACAUGAAUGGAUAUGGGUCACAUACUUUCAAGCUGGUUAAUGUGAAUGGAGAGGCAGUUUAUUGCAAAUUCCAUUAUAAGACUGACCAGGGCAUCAAAAACCUUCCCGUUGAAGUUGCAGCAAAACUGUCUCAGGAAGAUCCUGACUAUGGCCUCCGGGAUCUUUUUAAUGCCAUUGCCACAGGCAACUAUCCCUCCUGGACGUUUUACAUCCAGGUCAUGACAUUUAGUCAGGCUGAAACUUGUCCAUUUAAUCCAUUUGAUGUUACCAAGAUUUGGCCUCACAAGGACUACCCUCUUAUCCCAGCUGGUAAACUGGUCUUAAAUCGGAAUCCAGUUAACUACUUUGCUGAGGUUGAACAGUUGGCCUUUGACCCGAGCAACAUGCCACCUGGCAUCGAGCCCAGCCCUGACAAAAUGCUUCAGGGUCGCCUUUUUUCCUAUCCUGACACUCACCGCCACCGCCUGGGACCCAACUAUCUUCAGAUACCUGUGAACUGUCCCUUCCGUGCUCGAGUGGCCAACUACCAGCGUGACGGCCCCAUGUGCGUGGUCGACAACCAGGGUGGUGCUCCCAACUACUACCCCAACAGCUUUAGUGCUCCAGAACAGCAGCAGAAGUAUGCCCUGGAAAGUAGCGCCCAUGUUUCCGGGGAUGUGCGGCGCUACAACACUGCCAACGAUGAUAAUGUCACUCAGGUGCGGACAUUCUAUACAAGUGUCCUGAACGAAGAGGAGAGGAGACGCCUGUGCGAGAACAUUGCCGGGCACCUGAAAGAUGCCCAGCUGUUCAUCCAGAAGAAAGCGGUCAAGAACUUCAGUGAUGUCCAUCCUGACUACGGAGCCCGCAUCCAGGCUCUGUUGGACAAAUACAACGCUGAGAAGCCUAAGAAUUCGAUUCACACCUUUGUGCAGCAUGGGUCUAGCUUGGCUGCAAGGGAGAAAGCUAAUCUGUGAGGGUCGGGGCCCUGGUCUGAUGCCAAUUUGCUCUCCACCCAUGAAGCAAGGCAUGGAGUUUACAUACGUAUCUACUCAUCGCUGGAUAGAAGAGUUUCCUGUGCUGCAGGCGCAAAUGCAAGUCUUUAAAAUGAUAAUCCAGGUUUCUAUAACAAAUAAUGUAAUGAUGGCUUUUGAUGAAAAUGAAGGUUAGGACUUAACAAUCAUUUAAAAGAAACAUGUAUUUGCUUUUGACAUUUGGUUGGAUUAUUCACUUAAAAUGACUAGAAUGAAAGUUUCUAGUAGAAAUAUAACUUUAUUUGAUAAGAAAAAAAUUCUUGGUGCAAUUUUACGUAUCAUCUCAUGGCCUAUUAUAUAAAAAUAUGAUUGUAAUUGUAUAUGAAGAAAAAAAAUAUAUAAUCCACUCAGAAAUU